AUGAAAGCAAGGACGAUCAUCGGUAUCCAUCGGUCUAGGGGGGCUGGAUCCGCCCUCGUUCCACUGCUGAUCGUUGGCGUCCUCCUCCUCGUGGGCCUCCCUGCGGCCGGUGACCAGGUCGACCUCGGACGGGUCCCACAUCUUUGUCUUUUUGUAAAACUUCCAAAAUGCAAUGUUGAGCAGGAAGAGCACCGUGCCGAUGUACUUGGUGAUGAAGGUGUCGACCUUGAAGACGGGGACAAAGGCGUCGUAGCCGUUGAAGAUGACGACGACGAUGGAGACGAAGAGCGAGUAGUAGGUGCCGUAGGGCUGCAGGAAGCCGACGUAGGGGAGGUCCGCGAGCGUGAUGCCCUGGGCCUUGAUGGCGGCGCGGAAGCGGAGGUGGGAGAUGAGGAUGGCGAUCCCUGGUGGGUUGCAUAG